AUGUCUGACUUGCACCGUGUUCCAGUGUAUCAAUGCUGCGCCCUCUUCGCAGUACUGCUGCUUGUCCAAGUCACUAAAGGUAUAAAAACAUACUAUUCCUUUUUCACGAUGAAUUUUGUUUUAUUUGUCAGGUCAGUGGUAUUUAAGCGGUAGAAAAAGCUGAGUUGCUUUUAGGGUGUGGCACUCAGGCAAGGGAGAAAUUAACUUGCGCAUGAAAGCAAUUGUUGAGCUCUUUAAGUUUCUUUAAGUGCUCAUAUACGGUACAAUUAGCUUUUCCGAUCGAUUCAUUUAAAUGUGCACGGUGUUGUUUUUUUUUGUUUUUGGGUUUUAGCUGCCAGUUUUAGAGCUGGUAAGGCAAACGUGACCACAGUCUCCCCUAGGCUGUUCGCUUGCCAGAGGGUCUCAUUUGCAUCGCCUUUCCAUGGAGGACAAAAAAUUACCGUGCUAGCGACUCUGGGUCGUUCUCUCAAAAGCCCAACUCGUGGUAACGGGGGAGCCAUUUGGGUAGAGUCAGUAGACAAUAGUGGUUUCAAGGCUUGUAUUUUAGAAUACAGUGAUGGUUCUAAUAACACAGCAGAGGUAAACUGGAUAGCAAUACAAUCUGCACCUUCUGGGGCAAAAAAAGGAACCGCUUCGUUAAGCGAUUGGAGCACAGGAACAAAGUGCAAAAGGGUCAACUUCCAGCAGGUAACCUUCUCAUGUAGUUGUUUCUAAUGAAAUUUGGAGGAUUCAAGGCUGUUAGCUUCCUUAAUAUUUGUUUGGGGAAAAUCCAAAAAAGUCUUCGUCAUUUCCUUUUAAUCUGUGGUCAUGACACGAAAAGAACAAAAACAUCCUUAAAAUAUUGUAAAUGUUACUUUUUCGUGCUUCAGGGCGUUUAAGAGAGAUAAGUAGUCGCCACCGGUGUGACGUUUGUUUAUAGAUUAACAAAGGCUUUUUUUAUUGUUUUCAGCCCUUCCUGUCACCCCCCGUCAUACUUGUAACCCCCAGUCACCAGAUUCCAGAGAGACCUCAAGAUGCAAUGGCCGUGUGGAUGGAGGACUGGCGCAAGGAUGGUUUUAAGAUUUGUCUUAAAGAAUCAAAAAUUUUCGAUGGAGUUCACAAAAACAUUGAAGUUGUGAGUAUCGUGACUUUGGCGGGUUUUUUUUAAACCCAUUAUCAAUCAGGUUAUCUUAGUACCUCAAUUUAGCGUAACAUAUAAUGCAAGAAUUUUAGUAUGCAAAUAACUGCUGAGUGUAUGUCACCUUAAAAUACUGGUUAUUGUUUUGCCUUUCUUUAAGAACUGGAUGGCUUAUACCGAGGUGUCCCUGGACAACUUCACUUUGACGAAGAACCUUGUGUUUUCCAACAACACUCCUCAACAAGACAGCCUCGCUUUUUGUCAGGUAAGGUAAAAACGCAAAAGGAUAGCGGAUUUGUGUUGAUUUGGAAAAAAUAUAUAUAUACAUGAUUUUCCUUGUUCAGUCAUCCCCUUCUCUUGCAUUAUGUCUUCUCAGGAACAUGAUUCUUGCCUGAAGAAAACUAAUGCCAAAACUACUUGACUUCUGGCGAAUUAAACUUUUGAACUGACUUGGCCUAUUUUAAAUUUCUUGGGCGAAAUUCGCUGUAUCCAAAUCGUGCGCACAUUUCGAUGACGGUUGAUUAUUUAAAUCGAUGGUUCUUGGUUUCUUUUUUAACCUUCCUUCGAUGAAUUUUAAUUUCAUAGCUUGGCGCAUCGCUGAUCUUAUCCACAACAGCUGGAAAUGCCAUCAUGCAUUGAUUGCCUACUGGUGGGAAUUGACGGAGGUGGGAAAUCGGGAGAAUUAUGUUAAUUAUGCCAAUAUGCUGUGUUACUUAGAUCACUUAACUUCUGUGUUUUAUUUAUAUUUAGUUGCAAACUGCAAGGCUUUCUUUAAUAGUCUGAGGUUUUCGUUUUUGUUUGUUAAUUGUGUUAUUCAUCUACUUGUCUUGCCCCCGCCAUGCGCGACUAGCUGUCCAGCUAUUUGCGGGGCAAACUAUCUAGCUUUUGUAUUUUUGUACAAAGAAUAAAGUUGUUGUUGUUUUGAAAAGAACAGGAGGUGGGAGGUGUACGGGAUUUGAGGGGGAGAGCACGAGGUGAGAGUUCUAAAAGGGUGGGAAGUGCAGGUGCUUAAUAAUCUGCAAUCGAAAAAGGGCUGACGAAAGGAAGUGAAGAAAAAAAGGGCGGAAUCCGGAAAUGCAAGGUACAAGAGGUGGGCGAGGUUUGGAUCCCCUGCGCCUCCCCCGCCACGGUGCUAGCUGAGAGUUAACUGGCUUUGAAGGAAACCCGACACCCUGUGACCCAGGCGUCACAAAAAGAAAUGGGGUCCUGACAUGAAUGUCUCAUGCUAACAACCCUAUCUCUUUCUUACUUCAGAGAGUGAACUUCACAAGCUUAUUCUUUGAUCCUCCGGUGGUGAUGUUGACACCAAAACGCAGUUAUUACGGUAGUAAUGUCAGCUCUCAAGGAUCUGCAUGUGAUGCAAUGACAGCCUGGGUGGAGGUGAGGAUUCUGAAUUCAUCGCAAAAUCACAGAGUAGUUUGUUAUAGCUGAUGCAGUUAUAGUGUCAGUAUAGUUGGUGUAGUUGAUCAGUACUUUCCUAAACAUGAUUUGUUGUUUCUUUGUUCCAUGCCUGCUCACCAUAUCUUUUCAAUUUGAAUCAAUUACAAAGUUCCCGCGCAUUCUAUUAAUCCAACGAAACGUACCAAUGACAUUCAGACAAGUCUUCACAGCCAAUAACAACGGCUUAACUGAUAGUCGACCAGGAACAUCGUCACUAAAUGAGGGGGGCAUUGGGGUAUAUUAGAAACCGCAAAACCGAAGGAAAAAUCAUCCAAAACCGCAAAACCGCAAAAAAAUUCGGCUAAAACCAAAAACCGCAUACAAAACCGUCAAAAACCGAUACAAUGGUGACAAGUGGGGCAUACAGAGCAAACUAAACUAACAAUAAUUUCACCAAAGUAUUUGUGAAUGUCAUGGACUUUGUCUGAAGCCCUCGUAUCUUUUUGUGUCUGGUUAAAUCAUAGGCUUUGUUUCUGCCGCUCUCUCGAGCCCAGACUUUGCGGCUCAAUUUCCGAAAAGCCGCUAGUUACAGGAGAAUUUGCACACAAGUCCUCUUUAGAAUUGCAAUUUUGCAGUCGCAAAAAGCUACAGCUCUGAAAACUUCAAUCGAAAAUCUCUAAUCGAACAUUUUGAAAGUUUGGAGACUCGAUUGUCUAACGUGCAACGUGUUUGAUUACAACGUACCCUGUGAACAGAGUCUCUUAACCUCUCUUCGAUCUUGUACGCUUAGAUAUUGCGUAUUCUCAAUGUAUUAGGACUAUUAGGGACAUUAAGUCUUCGUAAACGAGCUUUAUGUAUGGGAUAACCUAUAGUGAUUAAGCUACAUGUAUUGUAAUGUAAAUACAGUGAAACCUGUAUUAAGCGGACACCCUCGGGGAAUGUUGUAGCGUCCGCUUAAUACAGGGUGUCCGCCUAAUACAGGUUUCGAUAGAUAAAGUCAUGUGAGAUGUCAAAUGCUAUUCAAAUGAACAGUGGAAAUGUUAAGAAUACUACCAGAGACUUUGACGAUAUACGUUUGCAUUAAUUUCUUUAUCAAAGUGGACCGAUUGGUCAUAGUACCAUAAACAUAGAUUGCAACUCAAAUUUGAAGAAAUCAGAUGAGUGAAACAAGCUCUAUACAAACAAAACGAAAUAGAAAAAAAUACUGUACUGUGGAACUAAUCAAAUAAGUUCGUCAAGUAAUGUUUUUUAAUGUAAAAAUCGAAAAAGUUGUGGGUGGCAAUUCGAGGUAAUCUUUCGCAUUUCCGGUGUCUGGCAUGUUGGGUAGUGGAAUUUGAUUACAAGUGUCCGUUUAAUACAGGUUGGUAACAAUAGAAAUGACUAUUUCACGUACUUUUUAGGUGUCCGCGUCCGCUUAAUAGAGGUGUCCGCUUAAUAAAGGUUUCACUUAAAGUAAAUAAGGGAAAUACAUUUUGGGACUUCGUCUACUGUCCGCUUAAUAGAGGGUGUCCGCUUAAUACGGUGUCCGCUUAAUACAGGUUUCACUGUAUAAUGACAUUAAUGAUUGUCGAUUGACUUACCAAACACUAUUCUUAAGCUUCUGCAGGCUUCUCUCUUCCCUUUUCACUUUACAUCUAAACUUGUUUUUCUUUCGAAAAUUCUCGCCGCCUUUCCUCUCCUCGUAAAAAAACGCAACACAAUCCACAAUUGCUUCUUCCGUCGCUGUCGCCGGAGGUACGUUGGAAGCCAUCGCUCGGGGGGUACUCCCAUACAUUACCUAUACGGGUAUGUGCCGCCCAAAGGGGUCGUGAUUUUGAAACUCCUGAUUUAGAACGGGGUAUCCAUUUCAGAGGCGUUUUCUAGAACGGGGUAUAAAAUUCGAGCGCACGAAAGCUCCACUUUUGUAAGCAGCCAUUUGAAAGUAUUCAAGGACAGAUUGCUUUUAAAAAUACGGUUCAAUGCGUUAACAAGCAAACUGUUGUACUCUUGUUGCAACCCAGAACGGAGUAUAAAACAUUGGCCCAUUUCUAGAACGGGGUAUCCGUUUUAGCGCGAAUACUAGAACGGGGUAUAAAAAAUUGGCCCAUUUUUAGAACGGGGUAUCAAUUUUAGGGGAAUUUUUUUCUAGAACGGGGUGCCAAUUUGAAGUUCAGGGGCGGCACAUACCCACCCAAAAAAUACCCAAGUGCCCCCCGGGGUCUGCGAGUUCAAAGUCUCGCCGGGCGUCAAUGGAGAUACCAUGACAUUUAUUUUGUUACGCAUUCCUCUAAAUAACUUUGGCGUUUCGCAGUUAUUCGACCCCAAGUGCUGCUUAAAUCGAACAGAAACCGGAACCCAAAAUAGGACAAAAUAGGAAAAACCAAAAACCACAUCGGGUACCAAAACCGAAAAACCGCUAGUAUUAUUCACGAAAACCGAAAACCAGAUGCUAAAAAACGAAAAAUCCGCAAACCGCAAUGACCACCAAAACCGAAAAACCGAAGUCUUUUGCAACAAAAACCGAAAAACCGGUCUAAAAAAUAGACAAAACCGCAAAACCGAAAAUCCCAAUACCCCCCUCCUAAAUUGACCAAUCAGGUCAAUAACCAAAGUAAAAUCAUCUACGGACGUGAUACAACUAAUUUUGACUCUGAAGAUGACUACCGCACAGGUUGUCGAAACGUCAGUCACUGUCAACAACUGAACCCUGUUCAGGUCGACUACCUAUGAAAUUAUAAACGUAUUACGAAAUUUUCGACAUUUAUGACAGUUUUAAGCGAGUCAGUACUAGGUUUUUGCUCUGCUUGAUGCAGCGUGAGUAAUCAUGAUAUUUCCGAACAGCCCCAAUUUUUCGGAACUCGCACUUAAAAUUCACAUCUUUAUUUAUACAAGAGAAACAAAAAGAUAGUUCAAAAUAGCACCAACACAAACUCGAAGCAAGACAUAUUCAUUUCGAAUAUUUUGAAAGAGUACAGAGUUUAGGAUAUCCGUUGUCAAUUUCAAUACUUUAUCUAGCAUAUGUAGAAAAUUCAAAUUCAAACGGUUCCCACAGAGUCCGGGCAUUUUUUCGGGUCCGUAAAAAGUAAAAAUCAUCUUUGAGCAACUAGAUAGUUAUGCAAUUGUCAAACUUAAAAGGGACGAGAGGAACUAUAAACAUGACUAAAAAGGCCACUAUUAGCAUCAAUUAACCUCAAUUUAUACUGUGGUUACCAUACUUUUGUCCUUAGUUUACAUCCAGAAAGGACAUGGAGAUUUGCAUCAAACACUACAACAGCGACGAAAAUAUGAAGAAUAUUAUCACAGUCGAUUACUUAGUAAUUGGAGGUAAGAAAAAAAUUGUUCAAAGGUCUCUUUAGAAAGAGGAGGCCAUUUAAAUCUUAUCUCGCACAAUCUUGUGUUUUGGCCCUCUGCGAAAAUAUGUUUUGUUUAUCAGUGUGUGACGAAACUCGCGCCACAACAGUGAGUCCGCUUUAGCGCAAAACAUGCAUAGCGCAAUACAAACUCGAGCAAACACAUAACACUAAAAUAACACAUUAAGCAUUAUUUAAAAUAACACCACUCUUAUACCACAAUUUUUGAAUCAAUUAAGCGUUCUUAUAAAUACUUUUGUUCCACUAACCAAACAAAAAGGGAUUAUUCUUCAAAACUCUAAUGACUAAUGCCGGCAAUAUUAUCCUACAACGAUGAAAGUUACGUAAUCACAGGUAUGAAACUCGAAGAAAGUCACUUUUUAAAUAUCGCACUUAGUCUGCCCACAACAGUGUUCAAAUGAUCGACAGCUUGUCAAUGAAUAAAGUUUGUAAUUGUACUGAAGACAAUGACAGAAACAUAUCUCAAAUGUUUCUGACGCGUACGGGACUUGUCGUUUCUAAGUAAGUUAAACGUUUGCUUUUGUUGCUCUAGGUAAGGAAAAUUCCUAAACUUCUGUCAAAGUUUGAUUUCGUUUUUUAUUACUUUUUUAUAACUUUGACUCCAAAGACGUCCAAAUUUUAGUUAAAUCUCCGGUUUUAUAGAGUAUUUUACAAACUGCUUGUAGAAAACUUGAUAAAAUGAAAGGUUUUGCUUGUCACUAUCUACCCUAUUUUCGGCAUGGAAAUGUGGAGGCCGCUACCCUGCGAGCAGAGGCUACAUUUUCGCGAAAAUGUAGCCUGUACUCGCAGGGUAGGAGGCCGCAAGCAUUGCCGGGAUUUCUUUCGUGAAAUACGCCCGUUACAUAACGCGUAGCCUGUGUACAGAGCCCCCCUCCGAUUUUUCCUGAGGGGAGGAGAGGCUACUGCAUACCGCACAAUAUGUUACAGGUUUCUAGCAGGAGGGAAUGAGCUCUCUUAAUUGUUUCUAGCUUUCUGAUUAGCUGUAUUCUUUGUGGCAUGGGAUAAAUGCCAGUCUACGCGCAGUGCGAGUGUGACAGUCUUUCUCUUUGUUCUGGUUUCUAGCUUAAGGUUUGCUUUAUAACUUCAUAGAGUUACUUUGAAAAUUGAUUGUCUUUUCCUUUCAAUGAUGCUAGACUUAGAUCCUUGCAUUGAAGUGACAUGUGGCCACUAUGGUUAUUGUAAGGCAAUGGGGCCCCACGAUGCUCGCUGCAUCUGCGUAGACCGUUGUCCAUCCUAUCAAGAACCAGUUUGCUCUUCAAACGGCACCACUUAUGAUAAUAAAUGCCUGUUUGAACAAGAAAUGUGUUCCCUGCAGCUGAACUUUACAAUACAGCAUCCUGGUAGCUGUGAAGGUAAGAUCAACUUGAUUUACAUUUACUUUUCAUUAAUACACUCUUUUUUUUCUAUAAGAAUAUAUUUUAUAAGAAUAUCGAGGCUGAAAUUUGCGAAAUCUUAAGAAUACUUUAAGAAUCAACUCAAGGCUGAGAUUUUGAAAAGGAUAUAAUUUCGUGUGGUGAAAAUCUAUAAAUACAAUACAAAUAUACGUUUUCAAUUUAUUCUUUUCUUUAAACGGCAAAACUAGCUAACUAUAUUUAACAAAACUAUAAUUGAUACCUUAAUAUAUUCUAAAACGGAAAUGUCAUGAGCUAUUAUUAAGAAUAAUGCAAGAAUAUUUACAGCCUAAAAUCGGCGGAAAAAUAAGAAUAUUCAGCCUGGCCCGGGAAAACAAUAUUCUUAUAAAAAAAAAAGGGUGUACUUUGUGGUUGGCAUAAUCAUAUGGUCAUUUAUAUCACGCUGAGGAACAAUAGGGCACAAGCGGCGGCGUCCUAUUUCUCCUCGUAUAAACUUCACUAGCUAAAAAGUAUUGUAGCAAGAUAGUACUUUUCUUGCUUACAGAGGUCUCUCACGGCGAGAGAAAAGAGACCCCGGUCUGCUAGCAAGAAAGAUAUAUUGUAGUGCCUCCAUAAAGGAUUUCACUUAAAUGGUUGCAGUUUUUGAUUAGCGACUUGGUAAUUAGGGCGGUUUGGGUUUUACUAAGAAAGAUACAAAUUUGUUUAUUUGCAAAUUACGAGAGCUGCUUAAGAACACCACAGCUCGAUCUGUACUUUUUCAGGACCGCUGAAGAGGAAUCUUACUGGGAGGUUAACAAAGGCAGCGGUAGAUCCGAUAUAUAAGAGAACAAAAGACUGACAACUAUAUGCGUGUCAGCCGGAGUGACCCCUCUAUUGAGUUUAAAUUCUGCAAGCCAUUUGUUGACCUUCUUAUUAAUAUAUCUGCAACGACCAAUCCUCACUUGUUAAGUCUAUUUAACCGCCUCGAUAUAAUAGGUGCCAUCUGCGUCUAUGCGCUAUCACUCUCAAAAUUUAAAAAGGAGUUUGAGUCAAUCUUCAGAGCCAAAUUAAAUGUAUUUUUUAGGUUGGGGCUUUAUGUCACUACUACAAACAAAAGUGAUGUGGCUAAUACGAGAAGGAUAGUUUGUCGUUCCUAUUUUCCUGGCCAUUAGGACGUCACCAUAUUUUAUCAUGUGCAAUUUUUUUCCUUAGGAUUUAAACGAGCUUAAACGGCCAUUCCUUGUCUUUUUAGGAUUUCCGUUACAGCGUGGCCGUCGCAGCAUGCCGCACACUCCCUCCCUGGGGUAUUCAUUUUGUCAAGUUAUUCGUUUGGAACCGUACGUGUUUUAUCCUGACAAACCCAUUGAAGCUCAGAUAACUGUCAAUCAUCUCGAUACGAGCGACAAGUCUUAUGUCCAUGAUGCCUCUGUAUCGUGGAUUGAGGAUGUCAAUUACGAUAAAUUUACCGCGUGUGUGAUGAUAGCAGGUUUUAACGAGCGACUGUCUUAUUCUAACGUAACGGUAGACUGGCUGGCUUACCAAGGUGCUCCCUUAGGUGGGGUAGCGGGAGUGCAACGCAUUUCACAGUGGUGGACUGGGACGACCUGCGAGACUGUCAAUUUUCCUUCGGUUUGUACUGUUUUUAUUCGUUAGAGCGAUUUUCGUAUGACCUUGAAAUGAAAACGCGCGAACAACAGAAAUAACAAACGAACGAAAAAAAGCGAUUUUAAUGGUUUCUCCAAACGGAUACAAACGCGCAUGGCUUUUGGUUGGUUAAGCAAACGCUCAGGUGAAAAAACUUCAAGAAGAGUGAGCUCACGUUACCAUGGUAGCACUAUUUCUGGAUGACAACAACACCAACGACGACGGCGACGGCGACGGCAAGGAGAUCGGUAAAAAAUAAUGUUUAUAUAAACAAACAACAACUUUACACGUGUAUCACUUCGACAUGAACUUCCUAAUUUCACGAGCCCGCUUUAUGGAGUAGGUGAAAAUAACACAAAAAUUGUCGCUUUCAUUUUCUAAACUUAGAUAACGAUAGAUAAGGUCCCAAAGAAGAUUGGCCAAAUUAAAUGAAAAUGAAUAAGAUCGGUGAAGUUUGAGAUAGUGCGAAUAGACUUUUAAGUGACUUUUUCGGUUUAUUGUCAUCCAAAAAUUUUGCUACCAUGGCAACGUGACGUAACGACUUCUCCUCUCUAUACUCUCUGAUCGAUCGCAUGCCUGAGAACUUUUUAGAAAUCAUUCGAUACUUCGCUUUGACGUCAUAUUGCAACACGAUUGGCCAAUCGAACAAUGCCUUCUCCAUAUUAGGGUUUUCUCUGGCGGGAAAACGAAGAAUGCAUGUUUUGAUCUUUUCGCCCAUUGGCUGAUAAAAAAUAAUAACAAACAGUUAUCUAAAAACGUUUUUCAAUUUACAAAAAAGCUUUAUCCUGUUUUUGAUUUCAAGAUCCUUCUAUUUGUACAUAUGGAAGAAUUCUUAACGGAAUGGCAGCGCGCUGAUUGGUUAAACUAUCAAGCUGCAAAUUCGGUCUUUUUCUCUUGCAGGGCAAGUUCUCCAAGAAGCCCUUUGUUUUUGUGACGGUGGCACAUCAUGAUGCUGGACUGAAGAGGGACGCCGCCAGUGUCUGGUUGGAAGAUAUCACAGCAUCUUCCUGUAAAAUAUGUUUGAGGGAACUUGAAAAUUACGCAGGCUCUCAUGAGGAUAUUUAUGUAGUAAGUAAAGUAUUUUAAUGUUGACGAGUUGCUAUCUUUGGAGAACAAGCGGAUCAUGCUUAAAACAUGCCACAGGGACACACAACCCGGUUUCCUUAUUAAAAAUAGGUGUCAAUUGAAUUAAAUUUUCUUUUUAACAAACGAGAAAGAACAAAGUACUAAGUAAACAGAGAAAAAAUUGGGAUUUACUGAAGCUCGGACGCUUAAGCCUGGUUUUCAUAUGUCGGGAAAAUCCCAGACGAUCGGGGAUUUUACUGUUUCCCGACUGUCCCAGAUUUAGCCGACUAAUGAAAACUCGAAAUCGUAGAUAUCCCCGAUCGUCUGGGAUGGACGGGGACAAAUCUGGAGGAUCGGAAGUGUUUCUAUUUUCCCGACGCGUCCCAGAUUUCUGCGAUGGUCGGCGAUCAUUUCCGACGGAUGAAAACUCAAAUUUGUACCGUCGGGGACGUCGGCGAUGGAUUUCUCUCAUUACCAAUCCCCUAAAUUGCUGGGCUCUAGUCCCCCUACCACGCAAGUUUCAAUUUUGGCGCACUUUCCAUUUCCGGCCAAAUUAAUCGGAAGAAUCUGAGACAGACUUGUGGCGAUUAUCCGAUAUAUCUGGGAGGGUCGGCAAAAAGUAAAAUCCCCGAUCGUCUGGGAUUUUCCCGACUUAUGAAAACUAUAGGCUUAAUACUGCUUUGACUAGGAGAUGGUUAAACGGCCUAUAUCAUUAGGAUAUCGUGUACGGUCUUAAGUCAAUUCUGUGCUGUAGUCAGCAGCUUCUUAACCCAUACAGAGAAAGCUUUUUCAAACUAUGAAGAAGAUAUCAAAUAAAUCUAGACAUGGAGUACCUUAUUCUCCUUAAUUUUCGCGGGUUCUUAAAUUCGCGAUUUUCGCGAUUUUAAAAAAUUCGCGAACUUAAAGACCAGCGAAAAAUAACGACCGCGAACUUUGAUCUCGCGAAAUUUAAUGGACAUAGAGAAUCAUGUAUUUGUGCUUUCAAGGGUCCUAAACAAUUGUUAACACAAGGUGUUAGUACAAGGAGCUUUCAUCUAUCAAAAUUUUUAAAAUUUUUCAAACUAACUAGGUGAGCAGCACUCUGCGAACUGUUGCUGUAAAACUUGUUUGUUACUUAUUUGAGCUAAAACCGUGGCCCCAAUUUCACAGCUGCGCCUGUUCCUUUUGGUAAAUCCGACCAAACCUUCAAUGUUUGCGACCAUCAUUAUUUUUAGUCAUAUUAUGGCUUAAAUACAGGCGUUUAGUACUUGAUUGUAAAACUCCCUGAAGAAGUCUACGAUAGUUAGACGAAACGCGUAGGAGAAUAAACAAGUUUUACAGCAACAGUUCGCAGAGUGCUGCUCACUAGUUUGGUUUUAAAUAUUUAAAAAUCGCUAAAGGGUGGGAAAAGGCUGGCAUCGUUCAACUAUUAGAUGAAUCGUUUAGUCUUCCCCCUGAGGAUCCAUUUGAAGCGAUUGAAGGUUAUAUUGAGAUCUCCUAGGAAGGACAUGUAACGAUACUCUCGAUACUCGAUAAUGACUCGGAAGAACAAGAAGACUAUUUUCAUUACUGUAAGACUGACUUUUAGAGGAAUACGGCUGCCGCUAAGGGACAGCAUAUUGGUUUUGUUUCAAUUGUUGAUUAACGUACAAUUUUCUUGUAAAAAGGAAAAAAUAAAGUCACUUAAUCGUCAAUUUCGCGAAAUUAAAUUCCCUGCAAACACAAUUUUUCUCCACGAUCGCGAAAUUAAAGACUCGCGAAAUGUGCCGAGAAAAUUUUCGCGAAAUUUAUGUCCCGAGAAAAUAAAGGAGAAUAAGGUAGUAGCCAUAAUAACUUUUUGGAUGAUUUGCCCAAGCAUAUAGCAUUAAAACGUGACGCGAAAGUUGGUCCGUUUUAUCAAGCUUUAUUCCAUCUCAUGUCCACCGUUAGCGUCCCACAUAACAACACAACAACUAUGAUGCUCACAAAAUGAAUACCACUUUCUUUUCCUUUUUUUCCUGUAGAAUUGGUUGGCGUUUUCCACUUCCCAGAAGCCUCUUUUCUCAGAACAGAAUUCAGUUUACUUUGCAAAUUCCAACAAUCCUCCAGCAGAUUUCAACAAUGCGUUCUGUAAGGUCAGUGGCUUUUCUUUUUUCAUUCAAUCAAAUUGAAUUAUGAUGUUAUUUCUGUUUUAUUUUAUUAAAACAUAAAAUGUUUUUUUUUUUAGGAUAUCUACUUCAGUAUGGCUUAUCAAAGCGCUCCAAGCGUUUUUGUGUCAGCGAAUCAUUCUUCAACUGGUGGAAAUCUGGAUCCAAUGCACAAUUCUAUAACUUCUUGGGUUGAGGUGAGACAAGGAGAUCUUUAUGCCUUUAAGCCUUACUGAGUACUUUUGCUGGGCUUUAAUUCAUACCAAAACAUUCCUUCUUCGGGAUCUUUUGAGGGGUUUGAGGAAUGAUUACUGCAACAGAACCCAACAAGCACCAAAUAAUAAAGUACGCGAUUAAAAACUUAUGGUAUGUUCCGCUUAGGUCUCUUCAUACAAGGUAAGCUUACUACCAAAUCGUCAAAUUAAUUUUCUUAAUGUUAAAUUAGUUGAUCUCGUGACUUAACAUGUAACCAAAAUUGAAGCAAGAGAGAUCAUAAUAAUAGGACUAUUAUGAUCUCUUGCUUCAAGAUAUUUAUUGAGAGAAAUUUUUGCUCUCUUUUAAGUCAGAACACGUUAUGAUAGCGAGAGAUAAGCAAAGGCUGAUCAAUUUUAUUAAUUAUCAUAAACACCGUUUUGACCCAGGCUGCUUAAAAAAAAAAAAAAAAACCGAAAAAAAGAAAGGAAAGAAAGAAAGAACAAAAGAGAACUAUGAUAAACGGAGUCAGAGGCUGAUGGCCUAAUAUCAUGAUCGUGGUCGAGUUGUUUCCUGACUGAAGAGAGGCUGUUUAGGGUGCAAACUACUGUCAUGAAUGUUCCCUUAUUAGAGGGUCUCAAUAGGGUUAACCGUCAGCUGUCAAAAAAGGAUAUUUCUUACCACCAACUGUCAAAAAUUCCAAAAGUGCAGAUUGAUAGUAACCGUCAAAAUUUUCAAGACCCUUCAAUCUUGCAUUUUUCAGUAUCUCGAGUGAUCGUCAUGGUCUAUUGGCUCCUGAAAAAUCCAGGUCCAGACUGGAAGACCAGUUCCCAUGCUCUCUUCUAGACAUCAUUACAACGACAUUAGAACUUGCUUAUAUCUGAAAUUAUUUCAAAAUUUUAUAAGUGAAAGGCUAAGCAAACUCCAAAACACAACAGUUAAUAUAAAUUUAUGCAGAAGUUAAUAUUUACUAAAACUCUUGAAGUAGAUUUCCACUUAGUACUAUAGCUACCGUCAACCGUCAAAGCUCUAAAAUUUAACUGUCAACCGUCAAAAUCAGAGAAAAUUAACCGUGAACUGUCAAAGCUACCACCUCAUUAAGACCCUCUUAUUAUUUGUGGGUAGAUCGCUGUAGAGAGGUUACUGGCAACAAAAAAAGAGAUUUUGGUCAACCCCCGUACUCUUGGAAACGUAUUAUUACCAGAGUACAUGGUAGAAUUUUUUAUCUACAAUUUCAAAUGUUUUCCCAGUUUAAAACAAUAAAUACGCGUCUAUAAGGGACCCGAUUUCGCUCGUACUUGUUAGCUUAAAAAGUAAUUUUUAGGGUCAUAAAAACAAAUUAUUAUAUUGUCUAGCCGGAUUUAUGAAGACAUCCUUACCAAAUGGCAGUCAUUUGACUGAGAAGAGGCUAAAAAGGCAGGUUCCUUGCGUUCGGUACACCAAGUGAAUGAAAAGAGGCAAAGAGGAGAAAGAAAAGGGGAAGAAGAGUAAAAUUGAUGGUUGCACUCUUGAUUUUUUUCAUUAGCUACUAUGGAGAUUUGAAAAAUACUGGUGGAAGGAAAGGUCUAUUUUGGCAGUAACGUUUUCAAAAAUCCAGCAAGACGUACAAGUGACCGGAGUGAGGAGAAAGUUUUCUUAGCAAGAUCUUUGUAUCUACAAUUCUGAAGUAAUAACCACGCGUCUGUUCCUCAUUUCACAGUAUAUCAACACGACAGGGGCAAGAAUUUGUUUCAAGGAAUUAUAUGAAUCUAAAUAUGAUCCUCUCUAUAUACAAUACAUGGUCUUAUCAGGUGAGGUGGAUCGAUUUCCCCUCUCUUCUCGUGUGUUCUUGAAAAUUUUAACGUUCCAAAAAGUUCUGAAAAUUGCGCACGCUGGAACUGGAGCCGUAGACCCUACGCUUUAAUAGGGAGUUUAAGAUACGGAGACUACGGACUACGAACUACGGCUGGACGAGCGUUGUCCUUUGUUCGUAGCACUGGGUUGAGUCGUGCAAAUAUAGAACGUUAUUAAGAUUGCACUACAGACAGUAGACUACGACAGAAGAGGCAGAGAGGGAAACAACACGCAAAGAUGUGAUCUUAUCUUUAGAACAAUGAACAAAUUCUUCCAUACUCGAAGGAAGCAAUUACGUCGGGUGAAAUUGGUAAACAAAGUUUUGGUUACACAGGUUUUAUUUUUUCGCCCAUGAAUACUUAUGUCAAUAGACAGAAAUAGUAAUAGCUCAUUUAUUAGAUUUAGAAGAUGGACUUCUCCAACUACUGAUCUGAUGUAGUUUGAAGUACUGAAAUGCCGAGUUUCGAUUGUCUCGAGCAUGUUUACAUCAUUUUCAUUCAGCAAAUGGCGCGAUACAAAAACUCGCAUAAAUAAAGGUUACACAAGUACAAAGACUCACUAAUCAGUUCGAACAAACAUUGAAACUUUUCAAGUUCGAAGAGAAAGUAAAUUACCUCCAUGAUUUCUCUUCUCCUAGGCCGUCAAUCUGAAUUCUGCGUAUAAAAAGCUAAGCUUAUUUAAACAUGAGCUUAGCUAGAUAAAAAUGUAGUCACAACAGUGGAUUAAAAGCGUAAAUCUGAGCAGAAAUUAGCUGAAAUUAGACACAACUUACAUAUUUCGCUUCCCUCUCACUUAAAGCAGGUGAAUUGAAAACGUUAUUACGAGAAGACGAGAUUCUUGAAUUACCGAGACGGCAAAAUACGAGCAAAAUGUUCUCCGUAGUCCCGACUACGCGAAACAGCUCAACAACUCACCGUAGCUGCAGGACUACGGGGGAGAAAUGAACAGUCACGUGGUUUUGAUCAUGCGCAGUAGCAUAUUUAUCCGUAGCCGUAGUCCGUAGUCGCCGUAUCUUAAACUCCCUAAUAUCCUAACGUUACGCGUGUUACGUCUUAACGUAACGGUGGAUUUCCACCGUCGCGUAAUUUUUCUGUGCGUACCCCCGUAAAGUUUACCCGCGUAAAUAAAGUAGAAACAUAACGAAGUACCAGAGUGAUGCCCUCGUCCACUAUAAGAGUACUCAAUAGUUGAACUGAGCAGAAUACAAGCAGACUGAUGGAACUGGAUUAACACCAGAGUUUCACUCAAAGACAUUUCUAUUAAACACUGCCCUAAUUUGAUCAUUAGAUUUUGUCGCAAAUUUGACAUGUUCUUUAUAAGCAUCACCAUUAGCGAUAUGACGCGCCACGCACCAUACGCUACGCGCCACGCCUCGUAUUAAUUGUUCUGUUUUCCCUAUAUCUUUGAUUGCAACCGUUACUUUUGGCAGUUGCCUGAUGAUUGCUUCGCAAGAGGCAUGAAACUCUGAGGAGCAAUAAAUGCUCAAGUUUAAUUAAUCCUGCUCCACCAAUCAGGUCCAGCUACACCAAUCCACUUAAAAUAGAAACAUUGUAUUUACGUGUUUAACGCAUGGCGUUUCAUACAUUGCCUGUAUUUCAUUUACGCAUGUAAAUUUUACGUGCGUUCGCACGGAAAAAUUACGCGACGGUGUACAUCCGGGUUGAUUUCCACUGUCGCGUAAUUUUUCCGCGCGAAUGCACGUAAAAUUUAUGUGCGUAAAUGAAAUACAGGCAAUGUAUGAAAGGCUACGCGUAAACUUAAAGGUUGAGCUACAAUAGGUUCAACUUUUACGUUUACGCGUGACUUUCCAUACAUUGCCUCUAUUUUGUUUAAGCGCGUAAAAUUAAGCGACAGUGGAAAUCAACCUUAACGCUUGUUAAGUUGAGCGAUUGAUUUUUUUGAACAUCAGUUGACAUCAGCUUUUAUACUGCACCUCCGUUUGUAUCCCUGUUUUCUUUAGUUCUUCUUCUUUGCCACAUUUUUAUUACCUUUGCAAGUUUUGCAUGAAAUAUCAUCCGCUGUAAUUUAUCUACAGAUAUAUGCAAGCCAGGGUGGAGCUACUUCGGCGGUUACUGCUUCAUCACAAGUCAGGCAUGCGCCACAUGGCUGACCGCUGUAUCAAAUUGUUCCACCAUGAGCUCCAGUCUCGUAACGGUCCACGACCAAAAAGAGAAUGUUUACAUCCAGCACCGCCAUAACGGUGAAAAAUCCUGGAUUGGACUCAAUGAUCGGAGCGUGGAAGGAUCAUUCGUCUGGACCAACAAAGAAUUAAGCAGUUUCAGGUUCUGGGCAAGAAACCAACCAAAUAACUGGAAAAAUGAAGACUGUGUGCACACUCUUGGUUCCAGGGGUGGAUAUACCUGGAACGAUGUACCGUGCGAUAACUGCUACAACUUCACUUGUUUUAAGGGUAAUAUUCAUUUAAACUUUAUAGAAAAUGCCGAUUUUUGUGCAUGAAUUAUUCGCCCAGGGAUGUCUCUCCUAAAACGUCCAGCUGAUGGGUUCACCUUUUAAGAAUUUUAAAGCUGGACAACAUCAAUUUUUUGAUAGGAAACGCUUGUUUUUGUUUUUCCUUUUUAAGGGGCAGCUAUGUCACUAGGAUUUCGCUUUUUUAAGUCAAUUCUUUCAAUCAGUGCUUUUACCCAUGUUCAAAAUGAUCCUGGGAUAAUUAGAGAAAAAAAAAAGCAGGUAAAUUUCAUCAGGGAGCACUAGUCAUAAUACUUUUUUUGGUGAGUUUGGCAGGUAAAACAUUAAAACUUUCAAGUUCCAAAACAGAAACCAGGAAACAGUUUCAUUGAUUAAACUGAAUAGUAUCAAACAACAAAACUUAACCGUUAUUUUGGAUUUUAAUUGACGCGAAAAAAGUUCUGGCUUUUUAAGGUGGCUGAACACAGUUUUGGCAGUUUCUGAGUAUAGGUCAUUUGCCAAAUUAUGGCAAGAGAAAGGUUGCAGCUCACAAGCUGAAACUUGGCAAGUGAAAAAUAUAAUGAUGAAAAAUUUUGACUGACAGGCAAAAUUUGACGUUUUUGUAGUUUCCAUGGCAACAUGAACGAUUGAAUACAACCUUAAAAUUUCACUUUUACUCAGUUUUCAUAAAAUUCGCUCAUUAGAUUUUCCUAUAAACUCGCACACAGCUUACUAUAAUUAAUCAUUACUGUUUGAAACUUAUUUGACCAAAUUUUUAACAGAGGGGUUUUCAGAUAAUCAAUAAUAUAAUUGUACUGUUAUUAUUAAAUGUGUCACAAAAUUCGUCUGUUCAACUCCCAUUUUAAAGUUCUCAUUAUUUAAAAUACGAUAAAAGUAAAAAAAAAAAAAAAUACAAAAUUUUAAUGAGUAGGUUUUGAGAAAUCAUCUUUUGUGUUCCAUUGCUUUUUUCGCCGCCAUGUUUGUUUGUCUAAUUUAAAACAUGCGCUACCGCUGACCGUCGCGAAACUGUGUUCAGCCACCUUAAAAAGAAAUAGCGAGACAAAGGCUCUUUAAAGGUUGUUGAUUUACAGAUGUCCACUUUCCAUUAAACGAAAAAAAUAUUGUUGACGGAGGCUGACUUUGUGAUGACCAAUGACAAUUGGUUAUAUUUUAAUAUAUGUUUUAUGAAAUAAAGGUUUUCUGAAUAUUUCUAUAGACGUGGACGAAUGUGCUUCUGAUUACCAUGACUGCGACGUCAAUGCUGUUUGCCAAAAUACCGCGGGCUCACACUCCUGCACGUGCAAAGCCGGAUAUACGGGAAACGGACGGACCUGUGAUGGUAAGAAGAGGCAUUGUAAAUCAAUUGAAACCAGGUGUCCAUAACCUCGAGGGAGAAAAUUUCAUGUACCCUUGUUACGUCAUUUCUUCGACCAUCAAGUUAUCAAUGAGAAACUCUGGUGCACGAAUUUAGAAAAUCUUUAUUUACAAAGUUAAGUCAUAGACGGAGCUCGAGAGGAGCAUGCAUCCAUUAUCGAGGGAAAAAGGUGCUCGACAAGUGUAUCUAAAAAUAUACCUGUCCGAGAAAACGCAUUGGCAUAGGCUUAAUGGUGGUGUGCGAGUUGCUCUCUCCGGGUCACGGGUUAUUGUUGAAACCUACCAUUGAAUGCCACAACGAGACACACUGUUUACGCUAUUACGAGGCUAGAAAAGACGAAAUUAUUAUAAGUAAUAUCAAACUCAAAAAUCUUCAUUUCCUUUUAAAAGGUACUUGAACGGCAAUUUUACUUUAACUCGAAAACAAAAAAUAGGUACAUCCUUUCUUGCUAUUCUCCGCCUUUCCUCCAACUAACCUUUCCACUAUGCUUUAAAAAUUAAUUGCUGUUUUUUUUAAUUAAAAAAGGUUUAAUUUCCUUUCAGAUUUGAACGAGUGUUCAAGUAACUCUGAUGACUGUCAUAUCAAUGCAAUAUGUCACAAUACCGUAGGGUCCUACACAUGUACCUGCAAACCUGGUUAUAAAGGAGAUGGACGAACCUGUACUGGUAAGAUAAAUAAGCAGCAUUUUUUAUCAUAG